AGAGGUUUGGAAAAUAGUUUUAACAAAAGUACCACAAGUAAGCUGCGCAGUGUUGCGCGGUAGUAACGCUCACGAACAUUGUGCACAAACAGCGCGGGAGAGAGAGCUUCAUCUCGGUGUUCCUGCUGUUAUGGCAGAUAACCAGCUGAGGUAGUGGUCCGUUUGAGUUCAGGCUGUGGACAUAGGAGGGAUCCAGAGGAAAGAUGUCCGAUGUUUGCACUUCUGAGCCUGCUGGAGCCAUAAGGGCCAUUGACAAGCACUCAGUUCAUCGGAUCUGCUCUGGACAAGUAGUUCUGAGUCUGGCCACGGCCGUCAAAGAGCUGGUGGAGAACAGCAUUGAUGCAGGAGCAACCAAUGUUGAGGUCAAGCUGAAGGAGUGUGGUGCUGAACAAAUAGAAGUGUCUGACAAUGGCAGAGGCGUCGAAGAGGCGAACUUUAAAGGACUAGCACUAAAGCAUCACACCUCAAAGCUGAGGGAUUUCUCUGACCUGAUCCACGUGGAAACAUUCGGCUUUCGAGGCGAAGCCUUGAGCUCUUUGUCUGCUCUCAGUGACCUGAGUGUGAUUACAUGCCAUGAAUCCAGCCAAGUAGGCACCAAGUUGGUGUUUGACCACAAAGGUCACCUUGUGCAGCAGUCCCCCUGUCCCAGGCAGCAGGGCACCACGGUAACGCUGCAGCAGCUCUUCUACACGCUGCCCGUCAGGCACAAGGAGUUCCAGCGGAAUAUCAAGAAGGAGUUUUCUAAAAUGACCCACGUCCUGCAGGCCUACUGCAUCAUCUCGACAGGAGUCCGUAUCACCUGCUCCAACCAAACCGGCCAGGGAAAGCGCAGUGCCGUCCUCAGCACCGGUGGCAGCCAGAGUAUGAGAGACAACAUCGGAGCCAUAUUUGGACCAAAACAGCUGCAGAGUCUUCUCACGUUCCAGCAAGUUUGUCCGUCAGAGAAUAUCAUGGAGGAAUAUGGACUUAAAGUCGGAGACUUACCCAAACAGCUUUUUACGAUUUCAGGCUUUGUGUCCUCCGGGGACCACAGUGUGGGGCGGAGCGCCUCAGACCGCCAGUUCUUCUUCAUCAACAGCCGCCCAUGUGACCCAGUGAAGGUCAGCAAACUUGUCAAUGAAGUGUACCACAUGUACAACAGACAUCAGUAUCCAUUUGUUGCCCUGAACAUAGCUGUUGUCUCAGACUGCGUGGAUGUGAACGUAACGCCUGACAAACGACAGAUUUUCCUUCAUGAGGAGAAGCUCUUACUCGCCAUCCUAAAGUCUUCUCUCAUCAACAUGUAUGAAGCUGGAGUAAAUAAGCUCAGCCUGAACUAUACACCGACUGUAUCGUCUGCAUCUAAAGAAGUUCACCUUCCUGUUGAAGACAAAGCAGAAUCUACGGAGAACAACCAACCCAGCACCCUGAGCCCAACGUCACCCAUGAACCUCGCUGCCCUCAAAGCUGCUUUCUCAAACCAGAACAGCGCCCUCUCUGGGAGUAAGUCAAGCACGGAAAAAGCUUCCAAAAUCGGGCCGAGCCAGAAAACGCUGAAGUGUUUCUUUGAGGGCUCAGUUAAAUCACCAUUACGACUCAGAACAGAGGCAACUAAAGGCAGCCUGGGAGCCCAGGCAGAGCUCCGUGGGUUCAGGAAUGAAGAGGUGUCAAUCAGGGAGAAGGACUCUGAACCUGAACGAGACUUGGUAGUAGAAUCACCAGAUCCACAGCACCCAGACUCCUCUGAACAAGUUGUUGAAAAUGUAAAGGAUGACUCCGAAGCACGUACACCUGUCAAGGAUUCCGUCAUUUUCCCCGAAGCUAAAAGACCCAGACGAGAUGAUCCAUGUUUCACCGCAGAGGAAACGCCUGACACGGCUUCCUCCACGGCCGACGUUCCCAUCUGUCUGCAGAAGAAGACCGUGCCGCUGCAUUUCUGUCUGCAAGCCCUGGCAGCUGGCAUCAAGAGGCUGCAGCAGCAGCAGAGAAGGCGAGCCGCAGACAAGUUGCGUUACAGGCGCUUCAGGGCCAACAUCAGCCCUGGAGAAAACCAGAGAGCAGAGGACGAGCUCCGCAGAGAGAUCAGUAAGGACAUGUUUAAGAAAAUGGAGAUCGUCGGUCAGUUUAACCUGGGCUUCAUCAUCACCAAGCUGAACUCAGACAUCUUUAUGAUUGACCAACACGCCACCGAUGAGAAAUACAACUUUGAGAUGCUGCAGCAGCACACUGUGCUCCAAGGACAGAGGCUCAUUGUCCCACAGAAACUCCACCUGACUGCAGUCAGUGAGAACGUGCUCUUAGAGAACGUUGAGAUCUUCCAGAAGAACGGCUUUGAGUUCCUGAUCGAUGAAGACGGUAGGACUGUCAUCAGAGGUCUUCAGGCAGGAAGAAAUGUUCCUGCAUAUUCUCACUGUGAAGUGAUUCCCUCAGCCCAGGUGAUGGAGCGAGUGAAGCUGGUCUCCUUGCCCACCAGUAGGAACUGGACCUUCGGGCCGGCUGACAUCGAAGAGCUGAUCUUCAUGCUGAGUGACAGUCCGGGCGUCAUGUGCCGCCCGUCCAGAGUCAGGCAGAUGUUUGCUUCUAGAGCGUGUCGCAAAUCAGUGAUGAUCGGUACAGCGCUGAGUGUCGGAGAGAUGAAGAAGCUGGUGAUUCACAUGGGAGAGAUUGAGCAUCCAUGGAACUGUCCUCAUGGCAGGCCCACCAUGAGACACCUCGCCAACCUGGAAAUCAUCUCACAGGACUGAGUCCAGAAAUAGACUGAACACCUUUUUGAUAUUUUCCCUUUAUACAGACCAGACUGUACAUAUAAAUGUUCUGACUCUUCUGUCAUAGAUUGACCUUGUGAAUGCUAGUUUUUAUUUAGUUUGAUUUUGUUUUUAUAAAAUAAAUUGUAUUAUUUUUUUUUAUCGUUAUAUCCAAUAAAUAAUGCACAAACAGAUGCUUCUUUCUCUUGUUGAACUGAGAUAACAGAUAAUUUAUUAUUAACAAUGUAAAGAAGUAAUUCUGAACGAACAGUGAAUACAACUGGGAUAUUGACUGAUAACAUGUCAAUUAAA